AAUGACAAAAGUUUUGCUGCAUUUAGUGGCUUAAGGAAAUGUGGACAUGACUACUACACACAAAUAGGAUAAGCUUUCUCCGUUUUGACCCGACUAACAACAUUACCAAAUGGGGACGCAAAAAUUGUCAUUCACUCGACAAUAAAACAUAAAUGAAUAUACGACUUUUCAUUUGCAGUCGGUCUUGCCAGCGAAAAACUUUCCGUCACUGGAUCUUUCGCAACCACAUUGACCUGAUAGAGGAUCUCUGAUGCAACCGGUCCCAGUGCCGUUGUUCGUGCCGUUACCACUGCUCACACACACCACUACAUUAGUGCAAUUGCUCCGUUCAAAAAACUGAAAAUAAAUGCUACUCACUUCCAGAAAAACAUCCAGCAGUCUUCACCUUCCUUCGUUUUCAUCGUGAAAGUUUCGUCGCAAGUGUACGCAUGACAAAUACCGUACGGGGCGCCGUGGUUGCCAUCAAAUUUAUGAUCUCGGACAAAAACAGCAAAGACCUGCUUUUCAUGCGUUCGAGUAUUGUGUGAACAUUCUGCAGCUUGAAUAGUUUUGGACGGUUCGGCUGCCUUGCAGUUCGUACGAACGAGGCAUCGCUUAUUGGUAUUGGUUUUGCAGGGGUCAAGGGUGGCGGACGCUAGAGCUGCGAUAGCGAUGAUGAUAAGAGCGAUGGACACGCGCAUUUAUCAGCUUCUGCUCUAAUGAAAAAGUGAGAUCUCAAUGACAGAGUUUAGCAAUUCUGCACUUCUGGAAAGUGCACCUUGCCUCUUAGUAUCAUAUCGUACAAACACUUUAUUGCUGAAUGUUCACCAUGUUUGUAUGCAAAAGUCUGUUGGUGUCUGGUUCUCGAUUUCACGAGGAAAGGCACGAACAAUGUCAGCUGGUCAAUUUCUUGCAUGACAACCCACCAUUUUGCAGAAAAUCAACGAUUUUACGCCAUGAAAAUUACAACGAUUGUCUGCACUUUACAUGCGUCGAAACGUCUACAAUUCUGUGAGAAAAUGACGAAAUACUCUACAUGAAGUUUUUAUGCACAGCUGAACAUAGAGUAAAUUUUAAGGCGUAAAU